AUGGAAGCGCGCAAUUCACUAUCCUUAGUCAUAUGCUGCCGGCCCCAGGUACGCCACCUCAUCACCAUCGCUACAUCAACGGAUGAGGCAGCCGUGUCUGCUGCGCUCUUGGGGCUUGGUGGGCCGAGCCCUGCGCACCGCAGCCCUGAGGAAGUCUUGCGGGUCGUGGCUCGCUGGGCGCUGGUGGGCAUAGGACCAGAGAGUGCGAAACAUUGGCGCCAGGAGAAUGCAAAGGAGGAAGCUGCUGCAAGACACACUCGUGGUGUCUGUUUCUUCUGCUCCGUCUUCUGCUGUGCCGGAAGCUGUGAGCACAUGCUGCUGUGCUUGCAUGCGCUUGAACUCGAGAACUUCCAGGUCGCUUUCCCACGAAAGCCGAAGCAAAAGCGACAGAGAAAAGAUGUGUCAGCAAAGAAUGCUUCCCCUCGACGCGCUGCUGUGGCAGCAUCUUCCGGCGCUGGUGGUGCGUCGCCUUCCAGUGCUGCUGCGCCUAUGAGUGAGUCAGUCGCAGCAGCUGCUGCGGCGCCUUCUCCCGAUUUCAUUGAAGCGACAGAAAAGCACAUAGCAAGAAGCAUCAAGAGUUAUCAAUUCUUUGAGGACGCAGCGCGCAAGAGGCGUGCUUCGCGUUUGACGCAGAAGAAGGACCUGCUCGAGCGUGCCCUGAGAAUCAGGGAGCAGCACUACGGGAAAGAACAUCCCUAUGUAGCCAUUACUUUGACAAAUCUGGGCAUUGCGCAUGGAAGCUUAGGUGACUACAGGCAGAAGAAGGACCUGCUCGAGCGUGCCCUGCGAAUCACGGAGCAGCACUACGGGAAAGAACAUCCCGAAGUAGCAGCGUCUUUGGCAAGUUUGGGCAAUGCGCAUGGAAGCCUGGGCAACUACAGCCAGCAGAAGGACCUGCUCGAGCGUGCCCUGCGAAUCACGGAGCAGCACUACGGGAAAGAACAUCCCUAUGUAGGAGUGACUUUGACAAAUCUGGGCAAUACGCAUGAAAGCUUAGGCGACUACAGACAGCAGAAGGACCUGCUCGAGCGUGCCCUGAGAAUCAAGGAGCAGCACUACGGGAAAGAACAUCCCGAAGUAGCCAUUACUUUGACAAAUCUGGGCAAUGCGCAUGGAUACCUGGGCAACUACAGACAGCAGAAGGACCUGCUCGAGCGUGCCCUGAGAAUGUUCGAGCAGCACUACGGGAAAGAACAUCUCGAAGUAGCCAAGACUUUGGCAAAUCUGAGCAAUGCGCAUGAACGCUUAGGCGACUACAGACAGCAGAAGGACCUGCUCGAGCGUGCCCUGAGAAUGUUCGAGCAGCACUACGGGAAGGAUCAUCCAGAAGUAGCCAAGAUUUUGAACAAUCUGGGCAAUGCGCAUGGAUUGGGCGACUACAGACAGAAGAAGGACCUGCUCGAGCGUGCCCUGAGAAUCAAGGAGCAGCACUACGGGAAAGAACAUCCCCAAGUAGCCAUUACUUUGGCAAAUCUGGGCAAUGCGCAUGGAUACCUGGGCAACUACAGCCAGCAGAAGGACCUGCUCGAGCGUGCCCUGACAAUCCUGGAGCAGCACUACGGGAAGGAUCAUCCACAUGUAGCGAUUACCGUGUUCAAUCUCAGCGCAGCUCAUGAAUGUCUGGGAGAUGUUCGCCGAGCAAAGGAGCUGGUGGAGCGUGCUUUCAAGAUCUGGGUGGAGCAUGGCCACCCCUAUGCAGACACAGCUCAGCGUCGCCUGGCAGAGAUGGAGGUCAAGAUGAUGCAGAUAUCCAGCGCAGCUGUGAGGCCCUCAGUGCUGGCUUCGGACGGCCAUGCUGUCUGGCUGUGGAAUGUGAAGACUUAG